AUGAGGACUUCAUCAACAUACCAGGCGCUGGGCCUGCUCAGUCUCAGUGUGCCAAGCUUGGCUGGUGUCGCCGCCACGUCUGCUUCUUCGGCCAACGCGAUUACGAUCAAGACCGACUCCAAGUUGCAAAAGAUUGACGGGUUCGGCUUUUCACAGGCCUUCACUCGGGCGGCUCAAUUCCAAGAGGCGGAUCCCCAGCUUGCCAAGGCUGCGCUCGAUCUCUUCUUCAGCAAGAAGGACGGUGCGGGUUUCAGUAUCAUCCGCAACUGGAUCCCUUCCUCGGCCAAUUUCACAAUUGAGCCCAAUAGCCCCGGCUCGCCCUCCAACCCGCCUCAGUACCGCUGGGAUGGCUGGGAUGAGGGCCAGGUUUGGUUCACCAAGCAGGCCAGAAGCUAUGGGGUCAAGACGAUCUACGCCGACGCGUGGAGUGCGCCAGGCUUUAUGAAGACCAGUGGAGAUGAGGCUGUGCCCGGAUUCCUCUGCGGUACUCCUGGCCAUGAAUGCACCUCCGGGGAUUGGAGACAAGCCUAUGCUGAUUACCUCGUUCAAUACGUGAAAUACUACAAGAAGGAGGGCAUCGACAUCACCCACUUGGGAUUCUUGAACGAGCCUGAUUUCAAGCCCUCGUACUCCAACAUGCAGAUCAGUGACGAUGCCUCCGAGGCCAUUGAUUUCAUCCCCAUUCUCCGCAAGACUGUCGACCACGCCAAGUUGGAUGUGAGCCUCACCUGCUGUGAUGCUACCGGCUGGGAAAAGCAAACUCAGUACACCGAGGCCCUGGUCGCGGCCGGCAUGGAGCGUGACCUCGAUGUCAUCACCUCCCACAUGUACUCCAGCGACGCAACCUACCCUCUCGACACCAGCCUGCCCACCUGGCUCUCCGAGGCGGGUGUUGAGACCAGCGAUGGUCGCUUCGUCCCCACCUGGUACAGUACCGGCAACGUCAACGAGGGUCUCGCCUGGGCCAUCAAGAUUGCCAAGGGCCUGGUUGAUGCCAACCUGAGCGCUUACCUCUUCUGGGAGGGCUUCGAGAUUGCCCAGCAGCAGUCUGCCAGCCACUUGAUCGACACUACCGGCGCUGACAACAAGACCCUGCUGCCCUCCGGCAUCUUCUACGCCUUCAGCAUGUUCUCCCCGCUUCAUUCGCCCCGAUGCUCACCGUGUCGCCAUCGAGGGCGCCGAGAAGCUGUCGGACGUGAUCACCGCUGCGUUCCAGAACAAGGACAAGUCGGUCAUUGUCGUCUUUACCAACACCGGUGCCGCCGACCAGACCACCGAGAUUCUGGUGCCCCCUCACCAGGCCGGCAGCAGUGCCAAGGCCUGGUGACCGACAACACCCACAAGGUCGAAAAGACCCCCGUGGAGCAGACCCGGACCAACGACCACUCCAGCAUCAAAGUGAACAUUCCCGCCCACAGUGUGGUUACUGUCAAGUUUGCUUGA